UAUUUUCCAUUGCGGGGGAGUGUGUUUUAAACCGAAAAAUUGCCAAUUUAUAAACGACCUCGUCGCCCAGUGAAGGCAGUGAACAUUAAAAUGGGGGGUAUUACUCCAAGUUGUGCUUGCUGGUUCGGGUGUUCAUGUCAAAAACGUAUCUAGCCAACGUUGGCUGUGAAGGGUACAGAAAAUGGUUGCCGAAUGUGAAUUUUCAGCAGAUUUUAUUGCUGCUAGGUGUAAUGGGUGAAUAAAUUCGUCGUUUUGUAUCAGUUUUCGGGUGAUUUCCGAACUGGCGAUGUGAUGUGGCUUGAAUGGAAAUUUUUCGCAAGGCGUCACCAUUUUCAUGCGUAACUAGGGCAUGACAAGAGCACAGGAAAAGAAUGAUCACAGCGAAACCUGGCUAAUGCGAACGAUCCUCAAUUCAGAUAGUUACGAUAUCGCUCAAACGCAAUUCGCAGGAAAGCAUAUGUAGUGCCGUGCAUCGAAGAGAGAAAAAAAAGAACUAAGUGAAUAUAGUAGUGUGUUAGUUUUAGAGAGCAAGGAGAAACACCCGGAAGCUGGAACAAUAGGCAGCUUCAUUAAAAGAAUAAAAAAGUUAACGGACGGCAAUGCAGAGUGCCGAAGACACUUCGAACCUUAUGGACACCGAUCACAAUGCGUCACUGUGUGCGUCAUCGCCGCCGCUGAACUGUGCCGCUGCUGUGGCGGUCCCGGCUGGAACUAGCGGACCCGGCACAGUAACCGGACCCGGUACUGCUGUGCCGACCGUUCGUACCGGCGAAUCGCUGGAGUAUCACUGCCGCAUGCUGGAAGAAGAACUUCAAACUAUAAAGGACUCGGAAGCUAAACUCAAACUACAGUAUGCCGAAUCUCAACGCCGGGAACGGAUCCUGGCACGACGGCUCGCCGUCAAGGAGCAGGAAAUGCAAGAUUUUGCAAGUCAAAUCGCCGAGCUUAAAACCGCCCAAGCACCUGGUCAGGCUGCCCUACGGUCUGCCCUGCUCGAUCCGGCCGUUAACAUUCUCUUUCAGAAGCUCAAAUGUGAACUGCAACAAACGAAGGCCAAGCUGGAGGAAACACAGAACGAACUGUCGGCUUGGAAGUUCACGCCUGACUCGAACACGGGAAAACGGCUGAUGGCGAAGUGCCGCCUGUUGUACCAGGAGAACGAGGAGCUCGGCAAGAUGACCUCCAACGGAAGGCUGGCCAAGUUGGAGGGUGAACUGGCACUGCAGAAGAGCUACAACGAGGAGGUGAAAAAGUCACAGCUCGAGCUGGACGAUUUCCUGCAGGAGAUGGACGAGGACGUUGAAGGCAUGCAGAGUACGAUCGUGUUCCUCCAGCAGGAGCUGAAGAGCACCAAGGAGGAGAAGGAGGUACUGGAGAAAGAGGUUAUUCAGCUGCGAACGUACGUCAACGGAGGCGGUAGUGGCAGUGGCAGUGGCGAGGACGGUUCGUCCCAGAUCGAUACAGAUCCGGACCCGUCCGCUGCGGUUUAUCUAGUGAAUGGAAGUACCAAGUUGAAGCAAAGUUCAAGUGAUCAAUCAGAAUCGUUGUUGGUGUAUCAGAAUCGGACGCACUGUGGUGGCAAUAAUAGCAAUUCCGGGUUGUUACAGAACGGUGGUGAUGAGUUAGUUAAUGAGCAAGAACAAACGAUCGGCAGCGUCGUCGUUGGUGGCAGCAACAACAGUAGCAGUAGACUUAGCGGUAAUAGUAACACUAGUACUGGUAGUAAUAAUAAGAAAGUAAAUAACAGGACAGCUAAAACGGUUGGUGGCAAGAAACGAAAUUACACUGAAGAGCAAGACGACGAGGGGGCUGCGGGAAGUGAGGAUGAAGAGGACAGUGGUCACUACGAUGAUGGUUCCAACAAUGGUAAGAUGUUGGCUCCCGACAGUCUCGAACUGCAACAGCAGGAAGAGGAGCAAAUCCUUGUCAGUAGCAAUAAGCGCAUGACCCGGUCCGGUAAAGGUAAGGCCCCACCCAAAACGUUGAGCGUGAAAAAAUUGCGAAGGGCGUCGGUACUUUCGGCAGAACCGACCGAGGAUGACGAUACGACCGAGGGAUUUCCUUCGAACGGGGCGAACUGAACAACCCACCAAGACACCACCAGACGCCUUACCGGCGACCGCAACGACGUGAGACUCCCAUUCUUACCGUGUAUUGUGGGGUAUUGUUUAUUUUUUUUAAAUCGAAAACGCGUUGCCCCGAGAAAAAGAAAUAGAAGGUUAGAAUUAAGAGCCGGGAUAAAAAUCCUUCUAAAGUAAAAUAAAAUCACUCAAAAACACAUUGAAAUUAGAGCUCUAAGAUUAAUUACAAUAAUAAUUAUUGUACAUUCGAGGAACCGCGAAAACUGAAACCGAGCACGUUCGGCGAACCAUCAUUUCGCCCUCACUACUUUCGUCAUCGGUUAGCGAGAGGGAUGUAGUAGAAGUAAAACCAGAACUAAAAUGAAGAUAGUGACAUAAAGCAAAACAAGUAUCGCAAACAAUACAGUGGAAGUUUUUUUCGUUUGUCAACAUUUUUAGACAGCUAAGAAACUUUAAUUUUAAAAUUGUAAAUCAAACAACAAAAAAACAACUUCAUAAAACAAUGUGUAGUAAUAUAAAUUAUUUCGAAAAAUAGAGUAAACUAUUCGUAAAA